AAAUACAUAGUUCGUUUUAUUGAAACUAUUGUGCAUAGCAACCAUUUCCUUGUGAGUCAUUACCACAACACACUUUAACAAAAUUGAACUUCCGAGUUAACAAUUUUAAUCGCCCAAAAUGGCAACCCAAGAUUACAAGCCCGGGGAUAUUCCCUUGGAGGAGCAGGACGACCGCAAAUUAUUCUGCAAGUACCACUACAAAGGAGUUCUCCUUCUGCUCAUACCUAUUCUGCUGGCACCCAUUUUGAUUGGAACUCCAGUGAUGGUUACCCGAUUUAUCUAUCUAACACUGUGUUUCUACUUGAUAUAUAUACUAAAUUUAAUGGCCAGAGGAGCGGCCGCCUUUAUCUACAUGGUUUUCAUACCCGUGGCGGGCAUAGCGUCCUCCAAGCAGGUCAGUGUAUCGUACUACACGGAUCUCAUAUUCUUCGUUUAUGCCGCCAUUUUCAUGGGCAUUAUGAUGGACAGUUCCAGAGUGAGCGAACGCCUUGCGUUCCUUGUAAUCUGGCUAGUUGGCGGAAGUCUUAAAUUUCUUCAGAUUUUCAUGACCAUCGCCGUGUUAAUUGUGGCCAUUCUGGUGAAUCCCACAUUAUCCGCCGCCUUUUGGAUGAAGGUCUCCCAAGCUGUGAUAGCGGAAUACGAUAAUGCUGGUGUGGUGAAGCGGGAUUCGGAUGAAAAGCCUUACGAGGUUGGAUCGAGGCCAUAUCCCACGCGUCCUGUGAUCGGCAUUUACCUAACCUGUUGCUACACGGCCUCGUUUGCGUCAAGUCUUUCGCCCGUCGUGAAUCCGAAUGGUGUGAUAAGCGAUGUUUUUCCGGGGGACUUUACAGUUAAGGAAAUGAUUACGAUAAUGGCGGGACCCUGCGUAUUGGGCAUGGUCAUCAUGGUCUUCUGGAUGCAAGUCCUCUUCCUCGGACUUCUCGGCGGCAGUGUGAAACGCGAACUGGCCGAGUUCGAGGGCGCCAAGGGCGGCUUUAAACAGGCCUCGGCUGAUAGGAAACAGGCCCUUGGUCCUUGGGGUGUAUACUCCUCUUUGGCCCUCGAAUUGAUCAUAUGUCUCUUCGUGCUGGUGGCCACGCGAAAGCCGCGCAUUGUCGAUGGCUGGGAUAGCCUAACCAAAGGCGCCGAAUCCGGACUCUCGGUGCCGGGCAUUGGCGUAGCGGUGCUGUUCUUUGCGAUUCCGGCCAACUAUCUGUUCUGCAGGUACUAUUUGUGCCGGCCGCCGGAGAAGGAGGGCACUGCCAAUUCGCUACUGGGCUGGAAGGCGGUGAACAACAAUACGCCCUGGGGCGAGAUCUUCAUGCUGGGCGCCGCCUUCAGCUGCGUCUUCUGUGCCAAUGCCUCUGGAUUCAACCAGUUCGUGGUCGACAGCCUGUCCUCCGAUGACAACAAGGAACUGCAAGUGUGGAACUUCCUCAAAGGCGCCUUGUUUGGAACCCUGAUGACCAAUUUCUCUCCGGCCACCACGGUGGCCAAGCUGACGCUGCCCACCAUGAUAAAGGGGGGCAAUUCCUUUGCGCUGCCAUUUGCCACCGCGUUGCACAAUCAGUUCUUGCUGCCCGUGAGCUCCCCGGGAAACACAAUUGUCGCCGGCUGGGGCAACUUGAGACCUUUCCAAUUUUUGAUGGGUGGCAGUGUGCUGGCGCUUUUCAUGUUCAUCACAAUUGCAGGAUUCACCGCGUUGCUCAGAACCACGGUUCUCUGAAUUCCAACUAAUUUCAACUCCAUUUCAGCUCAGCGAACCAAAUUUCCGUUUCGAUUUAAAGCGCAUUAAAUAAAAUUACCCAGUAAACUCCACUGCA